UAAGUUAGUGCCUGGAUGACUAGCCUACAUCUUCUUUUAACAGACAAGCCAGCCAUAGCGCCUCCUGUGUUUGUUUUCCAAAAAGAUAAAGCACAGAAGCGAUCUGCGGAGGGCUCAAGUGCAGAGGAUGGAGAAGAUUCAGAUAAAGACGAGGCAAGCUAUUGCCCCCCAGUGAAAAGGGAAAGGACCUCAUCGUUCCCACCCCCACAUUCUGUUCCCAAGAACAAUGUAUUCAUGCCUUCAAGUUUCUGCCAGUCUCCGACUGGGAACUCUGACUCUGAGCCAGAGGAGAAGCCUGUGGGAUUCCGUCUAAAGCCACCAACUCUCAUACAUGGACAGGCACCAAGUUCAGGUGUCCCAAGUCAGAAACCCAAGGAACAGCAACGCAGUGUUCUCCGCCCUGCAGUUCUCCAGGCGCCGCCCUCUAAAUCACAUAUAGAGUCCAAUUCCAGUUGUGGAACCAACGGUGUGAAAAAGUCAUCAGAUGGGGCAUCUAUGACCCAGUCCCUCUUCCUGAACAACACAGAGCACUCAGCCAUGCUGGCCAAGUCACUGAAACAUGAAAAUGAGGAAGAUGGAGCAAGUGGUAACAAAGAUGGAGGCGGAAGAGAGAAGAAGGAGACAGAUGUAGCAAUAUCUUUUGUGUUUGGUCAGAAUAUCAAAGACAGAGCAAAGUUGGACGAGAACAGUACAGAAGACAAGUCAAAGGAUAGUGUGCAACUGGACUCUCAAUCAGAGGGCACUAAUUAUUUCUUACAGUACAUCUCUACCCCAAGUUCAAAAAAUGCCACAAACAGUACAGACGGUGGGGCAAAAUUUGUUUUUGGGCAGAACAUGUCUGAAAGAGUUCUGAGCCCUCCCAAGGGUGAGUCCUCAAGUGAGGAAAAUAAAGAGGUUUCAGCUGCCCCUGCUUCAGAGCCCUCAUCACAGGAAACCACCCCAGAGAAGGUGAACAGCGUGUCAGAGUCUUUGGAGGAGUCUGCAGCAGCAUACACCAAAGCCACAGCCAAGAAGUGCAUCUUAGAGAAAGUUGACGUCAAAACUGGAGAGGAAUCUGAAAGCAAUGUGUUACAGAUGCAGUGCAAGUUAUAUGUUUUUGAGAAGACUGCUCAGUCGUGGAUAGAGAGAGGUCGAGGCUUGCUGAGGCUCAACGACAUGGCAUCGACAGAAGACGGCACGCUACAGUCCCGUCUAGUGAUGAGGACCCAGGGCAGCCUCCGGUUGAUCCUCAACACUAAACUUUGGCCCCAGAUGCAGGUGGACAAGGCCAGCGAGAAGAGUGUACGAAUCACUGCCAUGGACACAGAGGACCAGGGGGUCAAGGUCUUCCUAAUAUCGGGUAGCUCUAAGGACAUAGGUCAGCUGGCUGCAGCGUUACAUCACCGUAUCUUGGCUCUGAAGAGCAGGGCCGAGCAGGAGCCUGAGGCCCCGGCAGCAACCAUCCCCGAGGCCGAGGUACCACAGUCCAACGAGGAUGACAGCGACGAGGAAGGCAAUGCCUCCGCUUCUGCCUCAGCCUCCACUCCUGCUACAAGUAAUUCAGAGGGAGGAGAGAGCCAGGUAGCAGGAAGCACAUAGCGUCACUCGUGGACAGCCUGCUAAGAUGCUGCUGUUGAGGCAUUUUGCUGUAGGCAUCUCCAUGGACACCCCUUGACCAACAUGGGUCCUCCAGACCAGUACUUUUGGAUAUUAGAAGUCUAGCUCCAGGAAAUAACCCCCUGUGCCGGAGUGUCUCACCCAACUCGUGCAGUUCAUCUUCUCUGCAUUCAGCGUAAUAUCUGGAGUCGUUUCUUCCCUCCCUCUCCUGUUUUGUGUUUUAUUUUUGUUUUCGAGUAUUUUUUCCUCUCCCCGAUAGCAAAAAUAAAGACUUCAAAGCUU